AUAUUAUACCGUGAUAAUAUUGCCAAGCGAUCUAAUUUGUGUCUUCAGCAUCAGAAAUUGGGCAACGAAAGCCACGACCUCAAAGGUACAACUGCAAACGAAAGCCAGAGCAAGCCAGCCAGCAGCAGCAACAACAACAUCAGCAGAAAGUCAGUCAGCAGCCCACAGAAGAUACGAGAGACCGAGCCCGAAACAGAGCCAGCUCGAGAAAACAGCAGAAAGCAAAAUGCCACUCUUCGGGAAGUCACAGAAGUCGCCAGUUGAGCUGGUCAAAUCGCUCAAGGAGGCAAUCAAUGCCUUGGAGUCGGGCGACCGAAAAGUGGAGAAGGCGCAGGAGGACUGCAGCAAGAACCUGGUGUCCAUCAAGAAUAUGCUAUAUGGCAGCAGCGAUACAGAGCCGCCAGCGGACUAUGUGGUCGCUCAGCUGUCGCAGGAGCUGUAUAACAGCAAUCUGUUGCUGCUGCUUAUACAGAACCUGCACAGGAUCGACUUCGAGGGCAAGAAGCAUGUGGCACUGAUAUUCAACAAUGUGCUGCGGAGACAGAUUGGUACCCGCUCGCCCACAGUGGAGUACAUCUGCACGAAACCGGAGAUCUUGUUUACACUAAUGGGCGGCUAUGAGGAUGCGCACCCAGAGAUUGCCUUGAAUUCGGGCACCAUGCUGCGGGAGUGCGCUCGCUACGAGGCCCUGGCCAAGAUCAUGAUCCACUCGGACGAGUUCUUCAAGUUCUUCCGUUACGUGGAGGUGUCCACUUUCGAUAUCGCCUCCGAUGCCUUUUCCACCUUCAAGGAGCUCCUCACGCGCCACAAGCUGCUGUGCGCCGAGUUCCUGGACGCCAAUUACGACAAGUUCUUCUCGCAGCACUACCAGCGGCUGCUCAACUCGGAGAACUAUGUGACGCGUCGCCAGAGCCUGAAGCUUUUGGGCGAGCUGCUGCUGGACCGGCAUAACUUCACCGUGAUGACGCGCUACAUUUCCGAGCCGGAGAACCUGAAGCUGAUGAUGAAUAUGCUGAAGGAGAAGUCGCGCAACAUCCAGUUCGAGGCGUUUCACGUCUUCAAGGUGUUCGUGGCGAAUCCGAACAAGCCGAAGCCGAUCCUGGACAUCCUGCUGCGCAACCAAACGAAACUGGUCGACUUCCUAACCAAUUUCCAUACGGACCGUUCCGAGGACGAGCAGUUCAACGACGAGAAGGCCUAUCUGAUUAAGCAGAUAAAGGAGCUGAAACCGCUGCCCGAGGCCUAGUUGACCAUCGACGGAUGGUCAAUGUCGGCGUCUGGGGCAAACGAACCAUAACGAGACCGAGAGAAAAUAAGAGCGUGAAUGAGAGCGAGAACGAGACCAGCAACAGGAACAGGAAGAGGAACAAGAACAUCUGGGCCCUCCCGUCGAUGGUGGGCUAGCAGGAAGGAUGAAAAGGUUUUGUGUGUGGGUUAAAGGCAAAUAUAUAUUAUAUAUACUAUACUAUAUUUUGUGACGAUGAGAUGACUACACUUGUGAGUAACUAAACAAUAAUUUAGACACCAACCACAAUGAUAAUGAUAAAAAAACAUAACGAUAAAGCUAAAUAGAAACAACAACAAAACAAUGAGUAAGAGUACGAAAGUAAAUAGCGUAAACUGAAAUAAUAAUGUUGCGAAUUUAACAUAAAAACACAUUAAACACGACCCCGGACCAAACCCGGACCACCCCCGGCCACACCUCUCGCCUCACCUCAA